ACCGUCGCCCCCGCAAUCCCCGCAACCCAACCUACCGAUCUCCCCCCAAACCCAGACGCGAAGCUUGUCAUGUUCUCCUUGUCACCCAACUGCCCCGAGUCGAGGCCGCACCCACACGAUCGCCAGUCGCCACCCCCGACUCCACCCAACCCCGAUCCUUGCUGCGUCAUGGUCACCGCCACCCACGGCGCGCGUACGUGACGUGCGCACGUGCAUGCGCUCGCCCGCUAUUACUAGCGCGCCGUGGCCGUGCCACCGGGCACCAGGCUUCACUGCUGGGAGUCGAGGAGGGAGUCCUACCGCGUGCAUGGCCGCCAUCGUCGUCGUCCGCCCAUCGAGGAUCGUCGUCUAGUUCUUUGACGCGGCCGCUUUCGGUUGGAGCAGCGGAUCGGUCGAGCCCCGGCGGCGGGCGAGCCGGGCGAUCGACCAAUGGCGGGCGCGAUAGGCGCGGGGCGGGAGCGGGGCUCGGACGCCGCCGCGGCGGCGGCGGCCAAGGCGCAGGCGGCGCGGGAGGUGUGCGCGGCGUCGGCGGCCUUCGCGUCCUGCCCGCACCGCCGCCGUUCGCCGCGCGGCGCCGGCAGCAGGCCGCACUUCGUCGACUGGUACCUCGUCCUCGCCAUCGGCGAAGCCGCGUCGGAGGACGCCGUGCGGCGGCGGUACCGGCAGCUCGCGCUGCAGCUGCACCCGGACAAGAACAGGCACCCCAAAGCGGAGGUCGCGUUCAAGAUCGUCUCCGAGGCGCACGCGUGCCUGACGGACAAGGCGCGCCGGCGGGCCUACGACGCGGAGCGGCGCGCCAGCUUCUGCGCCGCGUGCCACGACCGCCACGCCACCAGGUCGUCGGCCGCCGCCGGCGGCAGGCUCCGCGCCACGACCGAGAAGCAGACGACAGCGGCGGCCGGUGCGGCGGCCAGGAGCAAGCAGCCUCGCGCCGCCCCGGCGGCACAGGCGCUGCGGGAGGUGCAGAACCGGAUGCGGGACGAGUGCCGGGUCAUCGACGGCUGUCUGCGGGCCAACAACGCCGCGGCGUGCGCGCGCCGCCGCCAGUCGUUCCCGCUCUUCGACCCCUCCGACCGGCGCAGCUUCCCCGACUACCCGCACGUCCGCCCGCCGCCGUUCGGCAACGCGGAGUUCUGGCGCUUCGAGGAGCGUCUCGGGCGCGCGGACCAGAACCAGAGGUGGUGCAGAGGCGGAGGCGGAGGCGAGUCGCCGGUGUACCAGAUCAGGACGGCGGCGGCAGAGUGCACUGAUAGAACCAAACGUGCAUGGUGAACUUAGCUUCGGCAUAAGCGCAGAUUUUUUUUUUCUCCUUUUGUUUCCUUCUUUUCCAUCUCGAAAAGGAAGUGCUCAGAUUUUACAUUCGGAUACAUUGUAUUUUCCUCGAACUUGUUUAGAACAGAAUUGCUGAACAUACAUGAAAAGCAUUAUUACGACGAAAGGAUCUAAACACAAUG